ACGUUGAAGUUAAAAGAGAAUCAGUUCUCAGAGCUCUGUGUCUCUACUUGAUUGAAGAACCGGAUGAUCUCAUUCGUGAAUAUAUGGUUUCUGAUGUGGCCGCUAUUCAGCAGGGAAUUGACGGGACUGUCUUGGGCAUCUAUACAACCAGAGUCGAGGGAGCUGAAAACUUUGGUCCGUUUACUGGGGAGAAGAGAAUGCCCAGUGAUUUGGAUGAGAACAUGGACCCCAGGCUGAUGUGGGAGGUUCGAGGGAACAGAGGUGACGUGCUGUACGUACUGGACGCCAGAAACCCCCGGCACGCGAACUGGCUCCGCUUCGUGCACCAGGCCCCAUCUCAGGAGCGGAAGAACCUGGCUGCCAUCCAGGAGGGGGAGAACAUCUUUUAUCUGGCUGUGGAUGACAUCGAGACAGACACGGAGCUCUUGAUUGGCUAUAUGGAUAGUGACAUGGAGGAGGAAGAGGAGGUUGAGGAAGAAGAUGAGAUCAUCAAAGACGAAGACGAGAACAGCAAAGAGGCCAAGCUCCUCAGCACAGAGAUAGAGGCAGUAAUAAAGAAGGUGGAUCACGCAUGCCUGCUGUGUGACAGCAGUUUCCCCAGUGAGGAAGUUCUGGCUGAACACCUGCAGAAACUGCACCAAAGAGGCAGAGCAGAGGAAAAGGAGUUCAAGUGUGGCAACUGUGGCAAAGAGUUCCCCAUCAAACAAGCACUCCAGCGCCACGUUCUCCACUGCACAGAGAGUCCGACUUUGACAGGAGAUGCGUCUAAAGUUCACCAGUGUUCUCUCUGCCACAGCUCAUUCUCCUCUGAGUCUAGCUUUGAGCAGCAUAAGGUAGCAUGUAAAGCAGAUGCCAGAUUCAUCUGUAAGGCAGAGAGCUGUGGAAAGAGAUUCAAGAGCAAAGAUGCUCUGAAAAAACACAAAGGCAACGUUCACACAGGUAGUGCACGCAGGAAGCUCAUAUGCACCAUCUGCAAUAAGAAAUGCUCAUCCUCAGUCAACCUGCAGGAGCAUCGCAAGGUCCAUGAGAUAUUUGACUGUCCUGCCUGUGACAAGAAAUUCAUCUCAACCAGUCAGCUGAAACGGCAUAUGAUCACACAUUCAGAGGAACGUCCCUACACUUGCGAGAUCUGCAAUCGCAGCUUUAAGCGCUUGGACCAGGUUACAGCUCACAAGAUCAUUCACAGUGAAGACAAACCAUAUAAGUGUAAGCUGUGUUGGAAAGCAUUUGCCCACCACAACAUCUACAAGAAUCACAAAAAGACUCACUCAGAGGAGAGGCCUUUCCAGUGUGAGGAGUGUAAGGCCCUAUUCCGCACUCUAUUCUCCCUACAGCGCCAUCUCCUCAUCCACAACAGUGAGAGGACGUUCAAGUGUGACCAGUGUGACGCCACGUUUAAGCGCAAGGACACACUGAACUUGCACAUUCAGGCCGUACACGACGGACACAAAAAAUACAAGUGUGACCUGUGCGAGAAAGCCUUCGCCACUAACUCCGUACUCAAGAGCCACAAGAAGACACACACAGGAGAGAAGGAGAAAAUUUGUCCCUACUGUGGUCAGAAAUUUGCUAGCAACGGAACUCUGAGAGUGCAUAUCCGCAGCCACACAGGUGAACGCCCUUAUCAGUGCCCUUACUGUGACAAGGCCUUCAGCAAGAAUAAUGGGUUGAAGAUGCACAUCCGCACACACACUCGGGAGAAGCCAUAUAAAUGCAGUGAGUGUAACAAGGCCUACCGUCAGAAGCGAUGUCUGGAUGAGCACAGGUAUACACACACCGGAGAGAAGCCCUUCCAGUGUGACGUUUGUGACGUGUCAUUCAGUCUGAAGAAAAUGUUGAUCAGACACAAGCUCACCCACAACCCCAACCGGCCAAUGGCAGAGUGCUCACUCUGCCACAAGAAGUUCACCCGCAAUGACUACCUCAAAGUGCACAUGGAAAAUGUCCAUGGAAAAACAGAAGGGUAG